GUUCAAGUCAAUACAACAACUGAAUGGGUUCCUGUUUAAAGAUCAUGUAUGCGCAAUACAUACUACUGAUAUAUGUGUCAGCCGGUAAUGACGUUAUGAAAUUCAUGCUGCCAUUAAAACACCGGUUAGUCUUCACACUGUGUUUUGUGAUAAUUCAAUUAGGAUUUCUUAUAUAUUUCACUUCGCUUAUUGAUCCAAACUAUGGAAAGGAUAGCAGAGUACGUUUCAAAAAUGAAUAUAAUACCGAAACUCAAAGACUUAAAAAUAUACUUCAUGGGAUGCAGAAACUGUUGACUUUGGUACACAGGAAAGCAAACGUUGGAAACAGCCGGGAGGAGUCUUGUGAUAUUGAAACAGCUCUAUUAUUUUUGAAAAACAAUAAUGUGUCCGAAACAGUGUUCACUAACACAUUUGAAGAUGUCACACCUUUAGGGGGUACAGACUGGGGCUUUAGAACACACAUACCUUGUUCAAACAAAUCCUCAGCGGUUAAUGACGCCGGUAAGGAAGUGCCUCGGAGACAGUUUAUACCUUCGUGUUUCAAUGAUUACGUGACAUUAGAAGUGAGAGAAAACUUUAAUGAGUCUUUGCCAUUAUUUAAGUUUCCUGAUACGUGUCUCAAAAAAAUUAUAGAUAAAUUUUGUACCACACCUUUCUUAGUUCCAAAUAUUAUACACUAUAUAUGGUUGGGAAAAGGGAUAUUUGAUUUCAUGUAUUUUGUAAGCAUCUUAAGUGGACAUAAAAAACAACGUCCUUGCUUAAUAUUUCUGUAUUACGACACGUUACCCUCGGGUGAAUGGUGGAAUCUUUUACUCCUGCAUGUGCCUAAUAUCAUACCAGUAAAUGUGACUCCUCCAUCAGAAAUAUCAAACCAGAAGAUCCUGUAUGUACAGCACAAGUCGGACAUACUUAGGCUUCAAAUUCUCACAGAGUAUGGAGGGAUUUAUCUUGAUACCGACCAACUGCUGCUUACAUCCUUAGACAAGUUCCGGAACAGAGAGUGCACCAUGGGAAUGGCGGCGGACGGUUAUCUUGGAAGUGCGGUGAUUAUCGCUCGUAAAAACUCGGCAUUUAUCAAAAAAUGGAUGGACAGCUACUCUGCUUACAAGCCAAACGCAUGGGGAGAAAACUCGGUAAUAAAUGCAACCAAACUGGCCAAACAGAACCCGGAUCUCAUUCAUACAGAAAAACAUUACUGUUCAUUUUAUCCACAUCCUAACUAUCUAUCUAGGCAAAAUUACAAAUGGUCACAUAGCUAUGGACUCCAUAUAUACAAGCCAGGACGUGUGGAACAGUUGAAACAGUUAAACUUCUCCAGCAUAAGAAAACUGAACAAUACGCUUGGGGCUGCUUUCCGGUUCGUUCUAUUUGAUAAUAAAGAACUAUGUUUGUAAUUUUCAAUUUAUAAUUUUCAAACUUUCAAAGCACACAUAUACAACUUUUUAUUACUAUUCAAAAGUGUUUUGUUAGAGCACAAUCUAUGUGAUUUUAAGUGUACCGAUAUAAUUUAUAUGAAAAUUAAACACGAUUAAAUGUUACAAAUACUAAAUAAAAUA